CUCGCGCGCUCAUUACACAACCGUCACCCAUUGAAGCAGCAGCCAAGCAGCACGGAACUGAUCACUGCGGUUUAAAAAAAAAAAAAACUCAUUAAAAGAAGGGGGAAGUAUGUCCUACACAAAGUUUGUUGCGUCUCUUGCUCGAGCGAAGUCGGGAAACAUCAACAAAAUUCGCAUUUCACCUUCAAGAUGUCGGUCAACUGUGGCAUCCCCGAAGAGCCAGGAAGAGAAGGAGCCGCAGCGGCAGUUAGAGGGCUGCACGGUGGUGGAUGCUGUCCCAAUAGAACUCAUCAGCCAGACCAAAAACGCCAAAGACGUGCGUCUGAAGAGAGUUCACAUCGACUUCGACAACACCGAAGACGCAUACAAAAGUAAGAAUAACAUCGAGCUGCUGCGAAGUCUGCUGGUCUUCAACCUGUGUACAAUUGACAUCCUUGUCGAGAAGAAUAAGGAGCUGAUGGAACUCAGUAAGAAACUGCUGGGUCAGCGGUUGUUUGAGAAGCUGAUGAAGAUGACCUUCUACGGUCAGUUUGUGGCAGGGGAAGACCAUAACGCUAUUAAACCUUUAAUCCGCAAGAACCAGGCUUUUGGUGUGGGGGCAGUGCUGGACUACAGUGUGGAAGAAGAUCUGACACAAGAGGAGGCAGAGAAGAAAGAAAUGGAUUCCUGUGUUUCCAAGGCAGAGAAGGAAAGCCCAGGUGCAGGUCAUCGUGAAAAGAAGUACAAGGCCCACCGUCAGUUUGGGGACAGACGUGGCGGUGUCAUCAGCGCUCGCACAUACUUUUAUGCCGAUGAAGCCAAAUGUGACAAUCAAAUGGAGACGUUCAUAAACUGUAUUAAAGCGUCAGGUGGAGCUUCAAAUGAUGGAUUCUCUGCAAUUAAAAUGACUGCACUGGGACGACCACAGUUCCUUCUUCAGUUUUCAGAGGUCCUUGUCAAAUGGAGGAAGUUCUUUAACUUCCUCGCUGAACAGCAAGGAAAGUCUGACAUGACUGCUUUGGAGAAAAGACUGGAACUGGAGCAGCUGAAGGAAAGUUUGACUCAAAUGGGUGUAGCAGCCAGAGAUGACAUUGAGAACUGGUUCACUGGGGAGAAGCUGGGUUUGUCAGGAACAAUUGACUUGCUGGACUGGAACAGUCUGAUAAAUGAUACAACAAAAAUGUCCAAUCUGCUCAUGGUGCCAAAUCUUGAGACAGGCCAGCUGGAAUCUUUGUCAAUCAAGUUUUCUGCCGAGGAGGAGAGCCAGAUGAAGCGAAUGCUGCAGAGAGUUGACAUUCUAGCAAAGCAUGCUUUGGAGAAUGGAGUGAGGCUCAUGGUGGAUGCAGAGCAGACAUACUUCCAACCAGCAAUCAGUCGACUCACCUUGGAGAUGCAGAGGAAGUUCAACAGAGAAAAGCCAGUGAUUUUCAACACUUACCAGUGUUAUCUUAAGGAAGCCUACGACAAUGUGACUUUGGAUGUAGAGCUGUCCCGACGAGAGGGUUGGUACUUCGGUGCCAAACUCGUUCGUGGUGCUUAUAUGUACCAAGAGAGAGCCAGAGCCCAGGAAAUUGGCUACGAAGACCCAAUAAACCCUGACUAUGAAGCCACAAACAGGAUGUACCACAAGUGUUUGGAGUAUGUCCUGGAGGAGAUUGAACACAACAGGAAAGCAAAUGUCAUGGUCGCUACUCACAAUGAGGACACUGUGAAGUUUACUCUUGAAAAAAUGAAUGAAAUGGGUCUGUCACCCACGGAGAAUAAAGUUUACUUUGGACAGCUUCUUGGCAUGUGUGACCAGAUCAGUUUCCCGCUAGGUCAAGCAGGUUUCCCAGUGUACAAGUACGUCCCAUACGGCCCUGUCAAUGAGGUGAUCCCUUAUCUGUCUCGUCGUGCUCAAGAGAACCGGGGCUUCAUGAAAGGAUCCCAGAGGGAGCGCAGCCUGCUGUGGAACGAGCUGAGGCGCAGGUUUCUGGGUGGUCAGAUUUUCUACAAGCCUGUCUACUGAAAAACAAAAAGACUGAAUUAUCUGUAAACAUUCCAUUAGCAAACACAGUGUUCACUGUGAGCUUUGUCUUGGGAGGUCAGUUUUUUUCCUUAGUUGCACUGGACAGAAGAAAAAUAUAACUUACUAAUAUAAAUAUAACUUACUAAAAGUUGUGAGAUGUAUAUUGAGAAGCGUAUGCAAGAGACAAUACAAGAGAGCUGGGUUUUAAGUGAUUAGCUAUGAUGAAACCUUAAUCAGUUCUGAAGCACGCACAAAGAUUGUCUUCUAAGGAAGAGGAAAUGCUGAUCCUUUCUGAGGACAAAGAAACCAUGAAUGAAAAUUAAUGUGUUCAGUUUGAAUGGCAAAGGUAGCUUGGCUGUAUAGAAACGCCUGUGCUUUUAAAGUGAAAAUUCUUGUAUGUUUUUACACUUCUUCCUUGUAGCAGUCACCUAAAAGUGCCUUGUAAUUUUAACAAAACUAUGAAUUAUGUCAUUUCUUUACAACUUUAAGUUUUGUUGCAGUGCAACACUCCACAAUCUUUUAAUUUGUUGAUUAGUAUGUUUAAUAUUGCUGACUUUUUCUUAAAACAAUUUAAGAAAAUGUUUUUCUGUACUAUUAUAGUACUGAUAAAAUAAAAAUGGCUCAAAUAUUUAAUGGUGGUUAUUUCCAUGUCUGGUUUAAUGGUUGAAUUUGGGCUUUUUAGUGAACCAGAGUGACUCUUUCCAGGGAUGCAUUAAUCACGUGUGACAGGUCUUAGAAGUAUUUAAUUUCAGUUUCAGCGAAAUGCUUGAGAUGUUCUUGUUAUCAAACAAUGACAGCAUUGAUUCAAACAAAACAUGAACCAUCAUGUUUCACUAUAACUAAGCCAUUUGAGAACACUGAAUAAAAUGCUUUGUCUUGGGAGGUAAAUUUUUUUCCGUAGUUGCACUGGACAGAAGAAAAUAUAAGUUUUACUAAAAGUUGUAUCAGUUGUGAGAUGUAUAUUGAGAAGCGUAUGCAAGCGACAAUACAAGAGAGCUGGGUUUUAAGUGAUUAACCACUUUUUUAAACCUAGCUCUUUUAAGUAUAAACCAGUGGCCCGGACAUAUGAACUGAACUUUGACUGUGUUCUUAGAAAAACCGGUUGUAUCAGAUGAUCAGUUUUUUUUUUGCUUUCCAAACCUGACUCAUAUGUUUUGAUGGAAAAGAAAAGGUUACAAUUGAGAAGCAGAAAAUGUGUUCUGUUCCAUCCAGAAACUGUCAAUGUGACAAAAAGCUUGGGCAUGAAUAAAUGUUUAAGAUUCAGCCAUAAUUGUCACAAAUGUAUACAUGUAAACUAGCAAUAUUUUCAACCUAUUUGAUUAUUGGCAAUGGACCACUGGUACAAUACUAAUUAAUCUGAUGGGUUUUUUUUUUCCUGUAACACCUUUUUUAGAUUGAAGUUUAUAUUUCUAUGUGCUUUGUUCUUGUGAAUUAUGACCUUAAAAAAUAAAAGUGCAAUAAAAUACCUGGA